CAGCGGCAGCGUCUCCGUGGACAGGCUGCUGUGGUCCCUUCAGGAGAGGAUGCAGGGAGGGACCAACGCGCCCCAGUGGUCGGCCGCCCUCAAGAACUUCAAAGCGUUCUCCUGCACCGCCCGGAGGGAUGGCCUGUAUCCGGACCUCGCGACGGACUGCGCGCUCUACUAUAGAUGCCUGGACGGUGCCGUUUACUCGUACUCGUGUCCUUCAGGAGAGGCCCUCGGCUACGGGAGCGAGUCCUGCCGCCCCGCCGCUGAGGUCACGUGCCCUCGCCUGCCGCCCAGCUCUCCUCCCUGUCUCAACCAGACCAGUGGGUAUUACCCCGAUUAUACCCAGGCGUGUCGCGGGUAUUACAGGUGCGACAACGGAAGCGUGAACGGCCGAUGGUUCUGCGAAAACUCCGGACUGUGGGACGUGGCCACGGGUUCCUGCGGCUCGGGGUCCGGCCUCACGUGCACCCCGCCCUCCUGCUGGGGCCUCCCGGAUGGACCCCACCCGACCCCGGCCUCCUCCUGCACCGCCUACUUCACGUGCCAAGGGGGCGUCAGGACGGAUCACGUGUGCCCCUAUGGGACUAUUUUCGACUACUCGCUCAAGCGGUGCGUCCCCAGCUCCUCCUCUGUGUGCUACGAGCAGGCGUGCGAGGGGCGCGUGAACGGUUUCCACGCGGCGCCCCACGCCUCCUGCCGCGCCUUCUUCAAGUGCUUCAACGGCGCCCUGGUCGAGCUGCAGGAGUGCCCCCGCCACCAGAUCUUCGACGGGCAGCGGUGCGUCUCGGCCACGAACUUCUCCUGCUGGGGCGAGGGGCGCGGGUCGUGCGAAGGGCGUGACGACGGCCUCUUCGCCGCCUCCGACUGCCGCGGCUUCUUCCUGUGCCGCCACCAGCAGUUCAUCCGCGCCUUCCUGUGCUCGCGCGGCCUCGUGUUCAAUGGGCGCGAGUGCGUGGAGGACACGAACGCCCUGUGCACGUCCCCGGCGCCGCGCCCCGAUUGCGCCAACAAGAUCGACGGCUACUACACGGUGGAGAAGACCGGCUGCAGGACCUUCUUCUCCUGCCGGGGCGGCAGCAAGAUGAGCGAGCACACGUGCCCCGGCACCAACGUGUUCAACGGCGAGCAGUGCGUGGACCCCGUGCUGUACCCGUGCCCCGCGAGUCGGCCGCCGCUCGCGCCCCUUGCGGCCAACCUCACCAACCGGGUGGCGCGCUCCCUCGCCGGCGACCCCGACUGCGCCUCGCGCCCCAACGGCUACUACCUCGACGUGCCCUCCCGCUGCACGCGCUUCUUCUACUGCCACGAAGGCACCAAGGAGUUCGUCAGGUCCUGCCCCCCCGGCGAGAGGUUCAACGGUCUCCGGUGCGUGUCCCAGGCGUCCUAUAAGUGCCCCGUGAUCGCUGGCGCCCCCGAGUGCCUUCUCCGAGGCAACGGCGUGUACCAGGACCUGGAGAGCGGCUGCAGCACCUACUACCAGUGCCUCUCGGGAGUCAAGAUCGAGUUCAGGUGCCCCGAAGGACGCCUGCACAACGGGCGGGCGUGCGAACCGGCGUCUCAGGUGUACUGCCCCGCGGCGACCCUGUGUUCCCACCAGCGGCUCAACACGACGCUCGUCGACACGGACCGAGGGUGCCAAGGUUACUUCCGGUGCCAAGAGGACGUGCUGCUGUGGUACCGCGCAUGCACAAGGGGGCAGGUGUUCAACGGGAGGGAGUGCGUGCCCUACUUCUUCUACACGUGCCCGGCCCGCGUAAGCACCAUCUGCCUGGCCAAACCCGAUGGCCUUUAUCAGGACCUCUCCACCAGGUGUCGCUCCUUCUACGAGUGUCGCGCAGGUGAACGGGUGUCGACGCGAACGUGUGGCAGCGAGGAGGUGUUCAACGGCGAUGCCUGUGUCUCGGCGGCCAGUUACGUGUGUCCGGUCGACGGGGCAAAGGAAUGUGGAGUCGGACGCAAGGGAUUCGUCCAGGAUAUCCAGUCGGGGUGCAGGAGGUACUACUACUGCUACAGCGGUAAGAGCUUCGCCCGCGAGUGCCCGGGGGAGAGGGUCUUCAACGGCCACACCUGCGUCCCGCCCACGCAGUACAGGUGUCCUUCUGGGCCUAAGGAGGAGCGUCCUCGCUGCAGCGGCCCUGACGGAUACUACCCGGACUUGCACACGUCCUGCAGGAGCUUCUACUAUUGCCGCGACGGCCACAGGAUUAAUUACACGUGCCCCGACGACGAGGUGUUCAACGGCGUGCAGUGCGUGCCAGAGACGGCGUUCACGUGCUCGAGUCCCUCCUCGUGCCGGGGGAAGAUCAACGGCUUCUACCAGGACGUGCUCACCGGCUGCCGCAAAUAUUAUUACUGCUACGGCGGGGUCAAGUACGAGCACACGUGCCCCGGAGAGCAGGUGCACAACGGCAGGACGUGCGUCCCGGCGUCCACGUACACCUGCCCGAGCCCCACAGACGACCGCGAUUGCGUUGGUAAGUUCUCAGGAGUCUACCCGGAUCUGACAUCGCUCUGCCAGGUGUACUACAGGUGCCACGGAGGCGUCAAGACGCAGACGCUGGCGUGCCCGCACAACCAGGUCUUCAACGGCCAGAAGUGCGUCCCCUUCUACGAGUUCUCGUGCUCGUCUUUCGGGCUGGUCUCGCCCUCCUCUCCGGCCAGGCUGGAUCUUACUCCUGAUCAGCUGUUAUCAGAGAUCGGGGCGCCCGUGGCGAACGCUCCCCACGGAUCGCUUGGGGCGUCAGGGCGUCCUCCUCCAUCGGCACAGCUCUCCGCCUCGCGAGACGACGCUCCCUUCCAUCCAGAUCAAGCAGUCGAAAGCUCAGGUUUUGCGGUCACUCAGACUCCCGACACCCUCGCAGCCCCCUCGGGGUCCCUCUGCGAAGGCCUUCCUGACGGGAGCUACACUGACGUGAUUUCAGGCUGCGAAGAAUUCGUGGCCUGUCGGCAGGACAACGACCUUCAGUCUCGGUGCCCCGAGGGCAGCCUCUUCAGCCCGAUCAGCGGCCGCUGCGAGAGGAGGGAUCUCAUCACGUGCCCUAAGCACAUCAACCCUUGCGAGUCCCUGCCGGACGGGGUCCACGGAGAACUGGAGAGCGCCUGCCGCGUGUUCUUCACCUGCCGUGCCCGUCGUAUGCACUUGGUAUCUUCGUGCCCCGAGGGUAUGGCUUUUGAUCAGCGCAGGGGCGAGUGCCGCCCGGAGAGCCAAGUAGGAUGUCAAAGGCCGCUGGAGGUGAAGUCAAGCCAAGCAGAGAAGUUCAGGACCGUCUCGUAGACGCCCCCUCCCCUUCCCAAGAGCCUCCUCUUGUACCAGAAAACUCUUUUCUGGUACUCGAUAGAUGUCCCAUCCUUUCCCUCAGGCGCUCAUCUCUUGCCAAGUCAAUGACAAUUCAUAUAAAUAUAUAUAUACAUAUAUAUUAUAAUUUCUUAACUAUCUUAUCAUCGAAGAGUUUGCUUCUACCGUUCGUAACGUAGGAUAGUUUGCCUGUGUGCUGGUUGUAGGCAUGGCGGCGCCCUCGGUCUGGCUGCUGAUUCCAAAGUCUCUUCUCGAACUCUCCCGGAAAAGGUCGCUCCUUUCGUGACUCAUAGAUGUAUGGAUGGAUUAAAUGUAUCAUUGAACACACUAAAGUAGAUAUAGGUUCCAUCUUCUAUACUAAGAAAAAUGCAAUUGAUUAAGAGAUUAAUUCUGCAAAACAAAUAGGAUAAAACGUAUCUAUCUGUGAUAGAUAUGAAUCCCAUUCACUUGCACUGGCAACACGUACAUGUCGCCGCACAUUUUGUGGUUUUCCAUUAAAUCUAUACAACCUACAAAUUAGAAUUCCAAACACACUUUUCAUAAGCCAUACAAACUCCGUCCACGCAUUGUCACGCGAGGCAGACUCUCGGGAAGACAACGGGAAGCAGGGGAAAGCAGUGUUGCCAAUCCAGAGAUGCCACCAACGCCCCCAGCAGUAGACAGUAUGUUAGACCGUUUGUAUAGUACAAGCUACACAUGUAGGCAGUAUUUCUGCCCAAUUAGAGUCUAUAAAUCUAUAUUUGUAAUGGUAAUUACUACAUGUACUUUCUAUGAAAGACUGCUAUAGAUGUUUCAUGUUUACUAAUAAUGUUAUAGGUUAAUUUUAUUUUUCCAUUCACUGUAUAAACUACAUGAUUUUGUAAUGUUUUGGUUUCUGUUCUGUAUUGUCGUGGUCACGUCAAAUAUUUAUUCAUUCCUCUUA